AAGAUCCAUGAGAAGUUCAGGAAAAUGUCCAGAGGAAGAUUGGGAAGAUUCAUGGGAAGGCUGGAUGAACGAUCCAUGGGAAGAUCGGGAAGAUCCAUGGGAAGGUCGGGAAGAUCCAUGGGAAGGCUGGAUGAAAAAUCCAUGGGAAGAUCAGGAAGAUCCAUGGGAAGAUCCAUGGGAAGGUUGGGAGGAGAUUGGAAGAAGAUCCGUGGCAAGAUUGGGAAGAUCCAUGGGAAGAUCAGGAGGAUCCAUGGGAAGGUUGGAUGAAAGAUCCAUGGGAAGAUCAGGAAGAUCCAUGGGAAGAUUGGGAAGAUCCAUGGGAAGAUCGGGAAGAUCCAUGGGAAGGCUGGAUGAAAAAUCCAUGGGAAGAUCCAUGGGAAGAUCAGGAAGAUCCAUCGGAAGGCUGGAUGAAAAAUCCAUGGGAAGAUCAGGAAGAUCCAUGGGAAGAUCCAUGGGAAGGCUGGAUGAAAAAUCCAUGGGAAGAUCGCGAAGAUCCAUGGGAAGAUCCAUGGGAAGGUUGGAUGAAAAAUCCAUGGGAAGAUCCAUGGGAAGAUCCAUGGGAAGAUCCAUGGGAAGGUUGGGAGAAGAUAUGGAAGAAGAUCCAUGGGAAGGCUGGGAGAAGGUCCAAGGUGGGGGAGGAAAGGGCUCCUUUGGAAGCUGCGAUGGGAAUUGCGGGAGACAAUUCCAAGGAUUUCUGGGCCACCACGGAACAGCAGCACGGGAGCGUUGGCAAGGAACGGGGAACGAUCCAAAAAAUACCAGGAGCAAUCACAGUGAUCCUAGAAAUGAUCCCAGUGAUCCCAGGAACGAUCCAAACAAUACCAGGAAUGAUCCCAGUGAUCCCAGGAGAGAUCAAAAUAAUCCAGGAACGAUCCGAGUGAAUCCAGGAGCGAUCCCAGCAAUCCCAAGAAUGAUCCAAAUAAUCCAGGGGUGAUCCCAGUGAUCCCAGU